GUUUAUGAUAAACCCAACCGGAGAAUAUAUCAAUCAGCUCUAUUCUCCAUUUCCCGGCAACUUCCUUUUCCUGCUUGACGUCGAGGUUACGGGAUGGGGAAGUUCCAGGCACCAGCCAAAGGCCGCCCAGCCAAGGGCAAGGGCAAAAAGAAGGCAGAAACAGUCAAAUUCAUUGUUGACUGCACACAUCCAGUGGAAGAUGGACUCAUGCAGGCUGCUGAUUUUGAGAAGUUCCUUCAAGAGCGCAUUAAAGUGAAUGGCAAGACCAAAAAUUUUGGCAGAAACCUUCACAUUGAGAGGGCAAAGAGCAAGAUCACUGUCAGUGCAUCUAAUGACAUCAAGAUGGGCAAGAGGUACCUGAAAUACCUUACAAAGAAGUACCUGAAGAAGAACAGCCUGCGGGACUACCUGCGAGUGGUGGCCAGCUCCAAGGACUCAUAUGAGCUCAAGUACUUCAGCUUUGAUGAUGAUGAUGAUGAGGCAGAGGAAAAUGAGGAUUAAGUUUAAUUCCCUGAUGCCUGCCCAAUAAAUCAACCAUCAAAAA